UGUGGCAUGAGUAAUUGAUGUUGUCAUUAGCAUGGCCUCAACCUCCAGCUUUGCCCCCCCUAAACUAGCAGACUUUAUACUCACAGAACGUCUGGGUAGUGGGACCUAUGCUACAGUCUACAAGGCUUACAGAAAGGGUGACAGCAGAGAAGUGGUUGCAGUGAAGGUAGUUGGAAAAAAGACUUUGAAUAAGGCUUCAACUGAAAAUCUUCUCACAGAAAUUGAAAUUCUCAAAACUGUAAAACAUCCACAUAUAGUUCAGCUGAAAGACUUUCAGUGGGAUGCAGAAAACAUCUAUCUGAUUCUUGAGUGGUGUUCGGGAGGGGACCUUUCCCGCUUCAUUCGCAGUCGCAGAAUUUUACCUGAAAGAAUUGCUAGGCGUUUUUUACAACAGAUUGCAUGUGCCCUCCAGUUUCUUCAUGAGAAAAAUAUUUCACACCUUGACUUAAAGCCCCAAAAUAUUCUUCUAAGUGGUUCUGUUCUUAAAUUAGCAGAUUUUGGCUUUGCCCAGUACAUGUCACCUUGGGAUGAGCAGAGUGUGCUGAGAGGAUCUCCUCUUUACAUGGCUCCUGAAAUGGUCUGCAGAAGGCAGUAUGAUUCUCGAGUCGAUCUCUGGUCUGUGGGUGUGAUCCUUUAUGAGGCAAUGUUUGGGCGAGCACCCUUUGCUUCACGGUCAUAUGCCGAACUGGAGGACAAGAUUCGCAGUAACCAGCCUAUUGAACUCCCCCCAGGGACUAGGGUAUCCAAGGACUGCAGGGACCUUCUGUUGCGUUUGCUGGAGAGAAAUCCAGAUGCCCGUAUCACCUUUGCAGAGUUUUUUACGCACCCUUUUGUGGACUUGGAGCACAUGCCAAGCGGAGAGAGCCUUGGAAAAGCAAAGGACUUGGUGAUGCAGGCUGUUCAGAAGGACCAGGAGGGGGAUAGGGGUGCUGCACUCUCUUUUUACUGCAGUGCUCUGGAGCACUUUGUCCCAGCAAUUCACUAUGAAACAGAUCGAUUACGCAAAGAUGCCCUAAGGCAGAAGGUCAGCCAGUACGUGUCUAGAGCUGAAGAACUGAAAGCAUUGAUGGCAUCUGACAAUAGAGUGAGCUUUGAGGAGGCCCGAACUGCAAGGGAUCUCCUGCGAGAAAUGUCAAGGGACCGCCCACGACUGCUAGCUGCUUUAGAUAUGGGAUCUACUGCCAUUGCAAAGGAGGAGAGUGGAUUAGAUGAUUUUGAGGCCCUAGAUUUAUAUCAGCAGUGCCUUGGUGAACUUCUGCUGGCAUUAGCAGCCGAGCCUCCAGGCCGUAGGAAGGAACUGCUCCACAAUGAGAUUAAAAACCUCAUGACCAGAGCCGAGUACCUUAAAAAGCAUAUCAAGAUGCAGGAGACUCAGAGUGAUGUCUCUAUGGAUCGUGAAUCAUUUGCAGACUCUGUGAAAAGUUCUUGCUGUUUGCAAUAGACAAGCUCAACGAGGAAUGACUGCGGACAACUAUGAGAGUAACAUCCCGCCCAUAUGGGAAAAGUUUCGACAUGGAGCCAAACAUUCACCUGACUAGGCAAAUAACAGUGCACCUUAACACGCUCACAUUGCUGAAGUUGAAGUGGCUCAUGUUUUGGUUGCAUCUGGAAUGUUUUCUCUGCAUGAUUUUGGCUGGUGCGGUGUUUAUUCUUAUUGAGGGAAAACAUAUGACUUGCAUAAUUAUCUUUUAAAUUGUGGAUUUGUGAAACUUGAAUGCUGCACUGUUGAAUUUAAAAGUCACCUCAUCCUGGCCUUGAUCAUAUGAAAAUGCUGAGAAGCUUGUGCGCCAGUAUAUAGUACAGCACACCACUGUCAGGAUAAACCAACAUAGAGGCCAAGGAGGUAUUUUGUCUUGACUUGGAAAUAUGGAGAUUAUAGUGAACUGAAAUUAUACUGUAAACUACUGUUUUCACUAAUAUGGAAUUCAAUGAUUGCUUAUGGUAACUGGUAAGGAAAUGUAUACUUUGACUGGAAUAUGCAAACCGAUAAUGGUUAACUUUUGAUCUUUUCUUGUAAUUUUCAAGAUUACUGUCUCAGUUUACAAUCACAUACUAGCUGCCUUUGCUUUGGAUUGACCACAAGCUCACCGCGCUUUGGCCACUGAUUCCGCUCUUCACUUUGAGGGUAAAACUAGACUGGAUUUUUUCUCCAUUUGGCACUAGUUCUAAAAUGGGAUACGCUGAAUGAUUCUGUUAUCAAGCUUGCUUAUCUUAGCUUCUGUGAAAUGGACAGAGGGACAGUGUUGCAGAAUGCAAAUAUGAUUCUAAAAAGUACUGCAUUUAAAUCUUUUACACUGUGAAUGUAAGUGUGGAGUAUAAUUAAUUUGACUUUUUGUACAGCUGAGGUUUUUUUUUACAAUCUAUUUAUUAUAAAAUAAAAUUGUAUGAUACAAUAAUGUUACAAUGCUGUUUUUAUCUAGAACCUGAAUGGAAAGACAAGGUGUGAGUGUUGUUUGUUACUGGCCAUCAUCAUCAUCUCGCAGGACAGUUGGGAAGAAUGCUGGCUUAUGUCGACAAGAGGGAAGAAAGAAUGGCAGGCAAGGGA